CACACCAAUUCGAGCGGUGGCGUGCGUGCUGUUCUUGUCCCGUGAGCGUCCUUCAUUUUGUGUUGGGUUUACUGUCGGCGUUGUGAAGUAGUUGUGUAAUUGUGGUAAAGAAUUUUGAGCAAUACGAAUAAGAACUGAAAAAUGGUAGAUAAAAUCGAAAUGAGUCUCGACGAUAUUAUUAAAUCAAGCAAAUCUCGACGUGGUGGCGGCAGUCGCCGAGGCGGUAGAGGGGGUCAGGGCCGCGGCGGUGGCGGCCAAAGAAGAGGCAACUUUAGAAGAUUCGGCGGCGACGGCUCUAGCGUGCAACGUGGUCGCGGCCGCGGUGGCAUCACACGCACCUACACGCGGGGGGACGUGAACAGUGCGUGGAAACAUGAUCUGUUCGAAGGUUAUGGGCAGCGUAGAGUGGCUGCGGCACGCUCUAUUGUGCAAGCAAGCAUGGGGCCCACAAAGCUUAUGGUGUCAAACCUCGAUUUCGGUGUAUCCGAUUCGGAUAUACAAGAAUUGUUUGCUGAAUUUGGGCCCCUUAAAAGUGCUGCUGUCCAUUAUGACCGUUCAGGCAGGUCUUUGGGCACCGCUGACGUUAUAUUUGAAAGAAGGAGUGACGCAAUUAAAGCCAUGAAACAAUAUAAUGGUGUACCCUUGGAUGGAAGAGCAAUGAACAUCCAAAUGACCACAUCAGAAAUUCCUUCUCCUGGUAGAAGAGUCGGCGGGCCAACUGGGCCAGUAGUUCGUGACCGUAAAUUCAACAAAAGUCCCCGAGGAGGAGGCAAAGGACGACCUGUCAGAGGUCGUGGUCGAGGGGGCAGUAACAGAAUGCCUAGAAAACAGCCAACUGCAGAAGAAUUAGAUGCUGAAUUGGACGCGUACAGCAAAGAAAUGAAGUAGUGCGGAUUGUGUUUGCCCAAAACUGUUUUGAUGUUUCUCUGAGACACUUGCGUGUGAAUAAUUAAUGUGUAACAAAUAAAGUGCAGGCAGACAUUGUAAGAUACAAGUUGACAAAGCCUUAACAUUUACAUUAUUGAAACGUGUUUUAAGAUGAAUUUUAAUAAUGUUAAUUUUAAUACUAGAAAGAAAUAAAUUUAAGUUUAGUACAUAUAUGUUUAAUUUGGUUUUGUAAGUUUAUGUUCAACAUCUUUAAACAUUUAUCAUAAAAAAAUUGAAUAAACUGUGG